UCAAAGAAUUCUGGGAAGCAAUAUGUCAUAUGUUACGAUACAGACAAAGUGGAGACAUUGUCACCCAGUUGUGUCUUGAAAGAUAUUUAAGAGACAAUAAAAGUUCGAGGUCACCUCCUAGAGUGUUUGGCUUUAAAAACUCCAUAUAUUGUCAAGGGACUGACCAUGGUUUUCCGCUGCUUUACUGGCUGGCUGUGAACCUCUCUCUUCAGUUGGUUGAAAGCGUACACUUUGACAAGAAUGGCAACCCUGUCGCAAUAUACAAGUUGUGAUUGUAUAAUCAUACUUCAAUUGCUUUCCUGACACCAAAUGUUUUUUAUGACUAAAAAUUAAAGGUGAAGAACAAAUCUAUUAUUCAAUUUUCACAUUGCAGAACUUUUAUAUUCAAAGUUCAAAAUAUUUAUAGAAAUGUAAGGAAAAAAUUGUCCUACUUCUUUGGUGCAUCUCCCUCCUCCUACCCCCCCUCACGGGUCAGCUCUACACAUAUAAAAGCCAGUGUGAGAAUUGAUUCACACGAAUGGUCGGCGUCCCACGUCAUCUUGUGGUUUACCUUCAUGCUCAGACACCAUGACACCCACACACAAGUGGGCAGAGCAGGGUUGGGCACUUUUACACCUCUUCCUAGUAGCAACUUUCUCCUGGGCCGAGCAGCCAAUCUGCAGGCGCAGAGGAGAUCUGGAGAAACCCCAGUUAUUUAAGGACGGAGACAUCAUGUUGGGGGGAAUCUUUUCCCUUCACAGCAGUUGGAAAGACCGACAGGAUAGCUAUGCACACAAGCCGCUACCACUGCAGUGCACCAGUUUAAAUUUUAGGGGCUUCCAGUUUGCCCAAGCCAUGGUCUUUGCCAUUGAGGAGAUCAAUAACCGCACCGACCUGUUGCCUGGCCUCUCUCUGGGCUACAAAAUCUAUGACUCUUGUGGCUCCAUUGCUAGAGGGGUGAGGGUCGCACUGGCUUUGGCCAAUGGGGAUGGAGACAGCCGUUUGGAUGAGCCUUGUAUCAGACCAGCCCAAGUGCAGGCCAUUGUGGGAGAGACGUCUUCCUCUCCUUGCAUGGCUAUAGCAACUGUCAUUGGACCUUUUCAAAUCCCGCUGAUAAGCCACUUUGCCACUUGUGCUUGUCUCAGUGAUAAAGUCAAAUACCCAUCUUUCCUCAGGACAAUACCCAGUGAUUAUUACCAGAGUAGAGCUCUUGCCCAGCUGGUCAAGCACUUUGGGUGGACCUGGGUGGGAGCUAUCAGAACCAAUGAUGAUUAUGGCAAUCAUGGAAUGGCCACGUUCACAGAGACUGCCCGACAGCUUGGUAUCUGUCUGGAGUUUUCAGUAUCUUUCUUUAGGAUGGAUCCAGCAGACAAAAUAAAAAAGAUAAUCGAUGUUAUUAAGGUUUCUACAUCCAAGGUGAUUGUCACUUUCCUCUCGCACAUGGACCUGGAUGUAUUAAUUCAUCAACUGUCACAUCACAACCUGACCGGCUACCAGUGGGUCGGCACAGAGUCUUGGAUCGUUGAUUCCCAAACGGCAGCUAUGGAUCAGAAACAUAUCCUAGAUGGAGCAAUCGGGUUGUCCAUCCCCAAAGCACACGUCAGCGGCAUGAGGGAGUUCAUGUUGGACAUAAAACGCCUGAAUACAUCUGGUGAUGACACAUUCAGGCUAUUCUGGGAGACAUUAUUCAAGUGUCAGCUUGAGAGGGCAAAGUCAUCAGGCGGUAAUCAGAGGGGGUGCAGUGGUUUUGAAGACCUCAGCAGUGUUCAAAACACCUUCACUGAUAUGUCACUCAUGCCGAUCUUUAACAAUGUCUAUAAAGCUGUGUAUGCUGUGGCCCAUGCGCUUCAUGGUAUUCUUGGCUGUAACACAACAUGUAAGACAAAUGUGCAGCUAGAGCCAUUUACAAUUUUACACCACAUGAAGAAGAUUACAUUCAGAACUAAAGAAGGAGAUGAAGUUUACUUCAAUGAGAAUGGAGAUCCAACAGCCAAGUAUGAAAUUAUAAACUGGCAGCCAACAGUAAAUGGGACAGUCAAAUUUGUCACAGUUGGUCUCUACGACACGUCUGCGAACAAAAAGCUGAAUCUGAAUAAUAGAUCUAUGAUUUGGGCUGAGAACUCACAGAAGGUCCCUGUGUCAGUUUGCAGUGAGAAAUGUCACCCAGGGACACGGAAGGUUCUGCAGAAAGGAAAGCCGGUCUGCUGCUAUAACUGUGUGAGGUGUGCAGAGGGCGAAUUCAGUAACACCACAGAUUCUGUCACAUGUGUGCGAUGCCACCCAGAGUUCUGGUCAAACCAGAGGAGAGAUGCCUGCACGAGGAAAGAAGCAGAGUUCUUGUCGCACGAGGGGGUCAUGGGAUCUCUCCUCACCACGGCAUCUUUAUUGGGCUCAUGCUUGACUGCUGCCGUGGCUUUUGUUUUCUUCAAAAACAGGAGUACUCCCAUCGUCAGGGCCAACAACUCAGAGCUAAGCUUCCUGUUGCUCCUCUCUUUAUCUUUGUGCUUCCUGAGCUCUCUGACCUUCAUCGCCCGGCCCACUGAGUGGUCCUGCAUGCUACGACACACGGCGUUUGGCAUAACCUUUGUGCUCUGCAUCUCUUGUGUACUGGGGAAAACUGUUGUGGUGCUGAUGGCCUUCAGGUCCACGCUUCCUGACAGUCAUGUCUUGAAGUGGUUUGGGCCUCUUCAGCAAAGACUCAGUGUGCUGGCUUUUACUCUCAUCCAGGUGGUCAUUUGUGUCCUCUGGCUCAUAAUCGCUCCUCCAUUCCCUUUCAAAAAUUUCAAAGAGUUUAAGGAUAAAAUCAUCUUGGAGUGUGCUGUGGGUUCAGCUCUGGGCUUCUGGGCCGUGCUUGGCUACAUAGGAAUCUUGGCCCUGUUAUGUUUCAUUCUGGCCUUUCUGGCCCGCAAGCUUCCUGAUAACUUCAAUGAAGCCAAACUGAUCACCUUCAGCAUGCUGAUAUUUUCUGCUGUGUGGAUUACUUUCAUCCCAGCUUAUGUCAGCUCCCCGGGCAAGUUCAGUGUUGCCGUAGAGAUAUUUGCAAUUUUGGCCUCCAGUUUUGGACUGCUCAUUUGCAUAUUUAUUCCUAAAUGUUACAUCAUACUAAUGCAACCCGAAAAGAAUACAAAGAAGAGCAUCAGAAGUAAAGGGACAGAAAAAUCCUUAUGAAAAGUUAUUGGAACGGAAGAAGUUUUAGUGAGAAGAAUGAACUGUUUAUAGACCCUAUUGUCACAUAUUAUUAAAUUAAUCAAUCAGGGGUUGGUGUAUAAUAAUAAAAAUAAGUUUAUUUUUUAGAGCACUUUCAGUGAAAGUGCUGUACAGAUGAGUAGAAUGCACAGGUACAGUACCAACAACUAAACAUUUAAUAAGACAAACAAAGUAAAACAAUUUUGUAGUUAACAACAGGAACAAAAACAAAAAACACCCAAUUAAAACAGGACACCAUAUAUAAAUUAAAAUGCAAGAGUAAAAAGAUGGGUCUUUAAUUUUGCUUUCAACGUUUCAACUGAGCAUGCUUUCUCGACAUCAAGUGGAAGAGUGUUCCACAGAAUUGGGUCUCGAACUGAGCAGGCCCGUUCACCAAACAGCUUACUUUUGGGAUAGUUAGAUGGCUGCUCCCCUCCGAGCCGAGAGACCAUGUUGGAACAUACAUUUCCAAAAGUUCCUUUAAAAACACUGGUCCUAAGCCAUUUAAAAUCUUGUUGGCAACAUAGUCUGAGUCUGAAUGAUUAGCUCAUCAUUUCACCAGGGUGUGACAUUUUUCAGAGCUCCCUUCCUCAUUUUAGCUGGGGCAACCAAUAAGUCAAAAAAUUGGUGCAUAGAAUCACCACAAUUUUUGGAGACUUUCCACCAAAGAGUACUGACUAAAAACCAAAUCAACCACAUAUGGCAAUCUCGAGCUAAGAUCAUAAAUGUUCCUUGGCCAACAUUACGGGACGUUUGGAAUAGAAAUAUCAAAUACUAUCGUGGUCUAAAAUUCUUAGGACACAAGUAUCAAUGAGAGAAACAGACAGGCCGUAGCCUAGCACCACAUUUAAAGUAUGCCCAUGUUGAUGUGUUAGUCCAGACAGACACAAACUGUGUAAGAUUCUAAAAGAUUCUAUGGCAAUUUAAAAGUCAUUGACUAGUGGCUUAUUGUCACAACAAAUGUGAAUCAUAAAAUCACCAACAAUCAAUAGUCUCUCAUAAAGCAAAAAAAAAAGAUCUGGAUAGAAAUUCCGCAAAUUCAGAAAUGAAGCUAUCAUUGUACUUUGGUGGACAAUAAAUUGCAGCAACUAAAACAAAUGAAGGAUUACUUAUCGUGAAAAGUUGUGAUUCAGAGCUGGUUAGCUAACCCUAACCCAUAGUCAGUAAUCAAUUCACAUUUUAGACUGUCUUUGAAAAGUGAGGCAAAAAAAAGCUAAAAAAGCUUUUGUUUGGAUGACAAAGUUCCGCUAGGAGCAUUAGCUCCCUAUCUCGCAUCAAAGUCUCUGUUAUAAGCAUUAGAUCCAAAACAUGGUUAAUCAAAAAGUCACAUAGGACAAAAGUCUUGUUUGAUAAGGCGAGCAUUUAGAAGAGACAUCUUGACUUUCAGCUCCUUAGCUUUUCAGGUUGAGCAAGCCAACAAAUAGGACAAAUUGUUUGUAUUUGCACGUUUAAAUCCAUUGUGUGGGUGCAGCACCCUGUUUGUCACAACAGUCUGAAUUGUCUGAAUCGGAAGUUCUGUUAGUGACACGUGAGGCCUGAAAGGGGCAUUAUCGCUGGCAGCAGUAUGAGGAUGUGGGACCACAGAAGAAGCGGAAGGAGGAUGAAGAAGAAGGAUAAACAGAAGGAGGAGAAGAGACAGAAAUUCAUCCGUAUCGAUUACAAAAUAGCCAUCCGCAAGUGCAGAUUACAUUAUACUGUAAAUUGUCUUAGUAUGGGGCUACCCUGCUUGUUUGGAUGAAUGCCGUGAGUCUAUAAAAACAAAAAACGAUUCCAAAAUAAAUUAGGCCCCUUUAGUUACCUCUGAUCCUUAAUGAUAAAUCUCACCAAGAAAUUUAGUUCAAUUUACCCAUCCAAGUACUAACUAGGCCCACUAGGCCCACCCCUGCUUAUGGUAUGGUACGUGAUAACAAUUGCGCUAACUAUGUGGGAACAGUUGGGGGUUAGGGUUAGGGUCCAUAAAUGCAAUAUUGGAUGGGAUUAAUGGGAAAGAUCUCUCUGACCUGAUGAAAGGACGCAAAUUGACAGCAGGAUUUAUUUUACGGUAUUACCAGAAAAGUGGACACUGUUAUAACAGCAAAUAGGGGGACAUGUUCAUAUCAGUGUAACGCCCAGAGGACAGAGCCCCCCCCCCAACACACAGUUUUUACCGUAUGUUCCCCAUUUUUACCCCUUGUGCUCCCAUGUGUCUGACAAAAAGUGACCUCGAAGCAGCCUUAAGUGCCCUUUGAGCGGCCAAAGUGCCCCUUAAAAUCCCCCCUCCUGCCCCCAGUGGACGAUUGGUUUUGGAGGGGCAAAAAGUGCCCGAAAAGUACUGUGCCCCCCACUUUGAAAGU